AAUCUUCAACGAUCAAAGUCUUUAAUUUCAUCUAUAGCUAACAAAAGAGUAGCAAGUUUAUUUUAAAUUCGAAGAAGAAAAUGGAUUCUUACCAGAACCAAACCGGAGUGCCAAAGAAAGGGAUGACGGAGAAAAUCAUGGAGAAGCUACCAGGUCAUCAUGGAACUCACCAGACUCAUGGAACCAACACGGGUUAUGGUAACACUGGUGGUGUUCACCACGAGAAGAAAGGUAUGACUGAGAAAGUUAUGGAGCAGCUACCAGGUCAUCAUGGAACUCACCAGACUCAUGGAACCAACACGGGUUAUGGUAACACUGGCGGUGUUCACCACGAGAGGAAAGGUAUGACUGAGAAAGUUAUGGAGCAGCUACCAGGUCAUCAUGGAACUCACCAGACUCAUGGAACCAACACGGGUUAUGGUAACACUGGCGGUGUUCACCACGAGAAAAAAAGUAUGACCGAAAAAGUUAUGGAGAAACUACCAGGUCAUCAGGGGUCACACCAAACGGGUACUAACACGGGUUAUGGUGCUACUAACACUAAUGUCGUUCACCAUCAGAAAAAAGGUAUAGCUGAAAAAAUUAAAGAGCAGUUGCCAGGUCAUCAUGGAGCUCACCAAACUGGAACCACUGCAAAUUAUGGUAAUACUGGCGUUGUUCACCACGAAAAGAAGAGUACGAUUGAUAAGAUUAAAGAGAAGCUUCCCGGUGGUCAUCACUAAAUUUGUUUAAGACUAUUAAGUCUUUGUGUGGUGUAAUAAUAUGAUGGUGUGGCU